UCAAACCAAUGGCGACAUCGUUGGCAGCAAUGAACCUUGGCACUAUGGCACUGCGAUCCUUGAAGCUUCUCUCUCGCCCUUCCCAUAUCCUCUCCAAUAAGUUGCAGAUGCAGAUGCAGCACUCGAUUCCUCCCCUCACUCGAAAGAUAAGCAUGGAUGCACGGAGUGUUGCCUCCCAGCUUAGUAGUUCUGGACUGUUGAAGACUCAGGGCCUUAUUGGAGGAAAAUGGAGAGAUGCUUAUGAUGGGAAAACCAUAAAGGUUUAUAAUCCAGCAACUGGUGAAUCUGUGGCAGAUGUUGCAUGCAUGGGUGGAAGAGAGACCAACGAUGCAAUUUCCUCAGCCUAUGAUGCAUUUAAAUCAUGGAGCAAAUUCACUGCUGCUGAGAGGAGCAAAUUUCUGAGGAAAUGGUAUGAUUUGCUAAUGGCACAUAAAGAAGAGCUAGCACAGCUUAUGACCUUGGAGCAAGGAAAGCCUCUUAAAGAGUCUAUGGGUGAGGUAAACUAUGGGGCUGGCUUUAUUGAGUUUGCAUCUGAGGAGGCAAAACGUAUAUAUGGGGAUAUAAUUCCUGCACCUCUAUCUGAUCGGCGUUUAUUUGUUUUAAAACAGCCUGUAGGUGUUGUAGGUGCAAUUACACCUUGGAAUUUUCCCCUCGCUAUGAUUACCCGGAAGGUUGGCCCUGCCCUUGCAUGUGGCUGUACAGUGGUCGUAAAGCCAUCUGAACUUACUCCUCUCACUGCGCUAGCUGCAGCGGAACUCUCUAUUCAAGCUGGAAUACCAGCGGGUGUUGUCAAUGUGGUUAUGGGAAACGCUCCUGAUAUUGGGGAUGCUUUACUUGCAAGUCCACAGGUACGGAAGAUCACAUUCACAGGCUCGACAGCUGUUGGAAAGAAAUUGAUGGCAGGUUCAGCUGAGACAGUUAAAAAAGUAUCUCUGGAACUUGGUGGCAAUGCACCUUGCAUAGUUUUUGAUGAUGCUGACCUGGAUGUUGCAAUUAAAGGAACAAUUGCAGCAAAGUUUCGCAAUAGUGGACAAACAUGUGUUUGUGCAAAUAGAAUUCUUGUGCAAGAAGGUAUAUAUGAGAAAUUUGCAAAUGCUUUGCUUGAUGCUGUUCAGAAUAUGAAAGUUGGGGAUGGUUUUAGUGAAGGUGUUGUUCAGGGCCCUCUGAUCAAUGAUGCUGCAGUGAAAAAGGUUGAGUCCUUAGUUCAUGAUGCUACAUCAAAGGGGGCAAAAGUAAUUCUUGGGGGUAAAAGACACAGCCUUGGAUUUUCUUUCUAUGAACCAACGGUCAUCAGUGAUGUUGACAGUGAGAUGCUCAUAUCAAGAGAGGAAGCAUUUGGACCUGUGGCACCCCUUUUGAGGUUCAAAACUGAAGAGGAUGCUAUCAGAAUUGCUAAUGACACUAACGCAGGAUUGGGUUCAUACGUAUUUACAAACAGUAUCCAACGAUCAUGGCGUGUUGCUGAGGCUCUUGAAUAUGGACUUGUGGGUGUUAAUGAAGGAGUAAUUUCAACCGAGGUGGCUCCAUUUGGUGGUUUUAAACAGUCUGGCCUCGGAAGAGAAGGCUCCAAAUAUGGGAUGGAUGAAUAUUUAGAGAUCAAGUAUGUCUGCUUGGGAAACAUGAACAAAGAUUGAAGAAUGAGGUAUAUAUACAUGAGGCAGUGCCACACUAUUAGUGUUCAGCGGCUGUUCAAGUGUAUUUGGAGUUUGGAAGAGGGAGGGGGUUAUCUUGUGUUAAUUUAUAGCAACUUAGCAAGAGAUGCAUGUAGCUGCACCUGUGUUGUGUACAAAUAAGUACAGGCUUGCAAAGGAAUACUUUGAUUUUCUUUGUUUCAUUCUUUUCCUUUCCUUUUUCAUUUAUUUCUUUAUAGUUUUUA